UCUCCUCUGCAAAAAACAAGCGUUGGACCGCGACUCGUCGUUUUGCUGCCUUAACGUUAGCUCGCGUAGUAAAACAUGCCGACGGAGCCUCUUCUGUCCAGCGUUAACGUGGUGCUAGUGAUGGCCUACGGCAGCCUGGUGUUUGUUUUACUGUUCAUCUUUGUGAAAAGGCAAAUAAUGAGAUUUGCCAUGAAGUCUCGAAGAGGACCACACGUUCCCCUCGGCCACAAUGCUCCCAGGGACCUGAGACAGGAAAUUGAAGCCAAACUGAACCUGGUCCAGAAGAUCCAGUUUGAGCCUCGUCUGCUGUCUCCGGAUGAUGAUCGGCUAAAGCAGAGGGAACGUGCAGACGUCCUGUACAGGAUGAGAGCCCUGGAUGCUAUCAGAGACAUUGAUCUCCCUUUCCAUGAAUUGGGUGGAACAUCCACCGCUGUGACGGGUAAAAGAUUUCGGACCUGGCUCUUGCAGCUACGAAAUUCUCACUCCAUGACGCAAGACAGCCAAAGCUCCCUCAUUGAGACAGUGCUGGAGGGGUACAAUAAAGCACGCCAUGGGGCAGAGGCUUUUGGUGAGGCAGAAUUUAUAAAAUACCAGGAAGCGCUAACUGAACUGGCCUCUGUUGUGAAGUCUCACAGCAGCAGCAGCACAUCGAGCCAGCACCACCAGUCGGCAGCCAAAGACCUGACCACCACCACAGAGAGCGAGAGUCCCACCUCCUCGCCCACGCACACCACCUACCUCACAGCAACGAUGCAGCAGCGUAACAAGCGGCCCAGACACUUCCUGGAACUGAAGAGCUUCAAGGACAACUAUGACACUUUGGACAGUUCGCUCUGAACAAGACACAUUUAAUCACAAGCUCAAGGACAAGGUAGAACUGCCACUGAAUAAAGUGCCUGUGAAAUGGCGACAGGGUUACUGCCACCAGAUUUUUAGAGUGACACUGCCUUCAUAUUCCAACAUGUAUUGUCUAGGUUUCAGCAUAGUUCAUACCAAACUUCUGGUACAAUGCUUUUACCUAAGUGUAUCUUAUGCUCACGUCCAUUAGUGUUUGACUAAGUAGGGUUGAUUUGACCAAAACAACCACAUGAGGCUAUGCAAUGCUAUAAGACAAUCAGUAUUUAUUGCACAAUAUAAAUGCUUAUGCAGACUUGUUGCAAUUAAUCAUCUGUAUUUAAAUAUGCCAAGAGUCACUGUUACUACUGUUACUACUCUUAUUACUGUAUUACUCUUAAUGGUUGCUUCACACUGGAGGAACAACACACAGCCUUGACAGUUUUUUUGCUACUGUGAAUCUGACAUUUUAUUUUUUAAAGCCUUACAUUCUACAGAAGCCAUUAUUUGAUUUGAAAUUAAGUGCUCUUUUAUUAUAAAGUGAAACUUUAUAAGUGCUCAGUGCAAUGUAAUUCAAUUGUUUUCCAGUGCAUUAUACAUUCUGAAUGUGAGGCACUGUAACUAGCUGUCCGGUUGGAGCUAAACUGCCCCGGCAUGUCUCUGCUGCCUGUUUUGGUUGCGUUCAGGAUUCUCAGUGAGAGUGAUUUAAGUUUUCUUUUCUUAAUGUAUAAGUUGCCAUUCAAAAAAAUUACUGACAUACAUAAGCUUCACAAA